AUGAAGUAUUCAGUGCUCUCAAUUGCAGCUCUUGUCGGCCCUGCCCUGGGAAACCCAGCCUACUACUGGCGGCAAUAUCUCUCUCGUCCAAUCUAUCCUGCCGAUGCUGGUACUGUUAACAUUGAAAACAACGCUCCAUUUGACAUCCAAGUGGAUGUAGAACCACAGGGAGAUCACUUCAAUAUUGCGCCUGGACAGUACCGCUCAGUUCCAGGCGCACCGGUUGCGGAUGUGAAAUUUAAUGAACAGGUAGAAGUGAGCUAUGUCUCUGGUGAUCAAGGCACAUUCAACUACGUCAUUCAACCAAUUGGCAAUGGCUUCGCUGGAUGUGUUAAUGUUUCACCAAAUGGAUGUGGAUCUCAGACCUGGUGUUCUGGGAACCCUCCAACAAAUCCAGUGACCUGUAAAGCUGGCACUGAGCUCCCUGUAACCUUGUAUUGGACUGGCCGUAUGAGGAAGACUACACAUGAAUUCCUGCUGUAA